UAUGUUUAAACAUUCUGUUAAAGUUCCUCGUUUGUAUAAAAUUGCUGCAAAAGUUGCAAAAAAUGUAAAAGAAGGUGCAGGCAGUAUAAAACAAUUGGUGUAUGAAAAUCGAUCUAAACAUCCCAAUAUUAAAGCUAUUUAUGCUUUAGUAGCCACUUUAUUUCAAAGGGAUGAUGAAAUAGAAAAUCUGUUAAAGAGAUCUCAACUUUUAAUUAAAGAGCCUCGGUCUGAUCCUUUUCUAACUAAAAUUCUAGUUGUAGAAUUAUUAUGGGGUAAAAAAUCUUUACCUGGCAAUAGUAAGCCGGAGAAAACUGUGUUAGCCUAUGAACAAAUUUUUAAGGCUCAUAUAAGUGACAUUCCUACAGUUUUCGAAAAGAGCGACCCAGACAAUAAAGAGGACUCCAAACCACGCUAUGUCAGGGUUAACACAUUGUACAUGAGCUUAAAUGAAGCAGUAGAUGGUUUUAGAGAUGAGGGCUGGGCUCUGAGUAAAUUUAUGGACAAAACCGAUUACAGGGGUUUUCUAGACAAGAUCACAUCGUUAGGCGAUGAGGAGUUUUUGAUCGAUAUCCAUAUUCCCAAUUUAUUAAUUUUUCCACCGAAAACCCAGUUUUACAACCAUCCAGCAUAUAAAAAUGGAUCUAUUGUUUUACAAGACAAGGCCAGUUGUCUUCCGGUUCACAUUUUGGACCCACCACCGGGUAGCAUCGUCCUGGAUAUGUGUUCUGCCCCGGGUAUGAAAACUACGCAAGUAGCAGCGGCAAUGAAUAACAAAGGCAAGGUCUACGCCGUCGAAAGAGAUCCCAGACGUUUCGAGACAUUAAAUAGAAUAGUCCAAACGUCGGGAGCUACUUGUAUAACAACUGUAAACAAAGACGUUUUGACUUGUACCGAAAAAGACUUUCCUGAUGUUCAGUACAUACUUGUGGAUCCAAGUUGCUCUGGUUCAGGUAUAACCGACCGAUUUGGAUUUGAACAGACCAAAAGCAACCAAAGGAUAGAAAAACUGGCUGGAUUUCAAAUAAAAAUUCUCCGAAAUGCCUUAACGCGUUAUCCAAACGCCAAACGGGUCGUUUAUUCCACUUGCUCAGUAUUUCCAGAAGAAAACGAAGACGUGGUUCGUCAGGUGUUAGAAACAAAUUCGGCGUACAAACUAGUGCCGGCCACAAAAUUUGUAAAUAACACCUGGAAGAAUUUUGGCUCUGCCGAAUAUGGAGACAUUGGCAGUUACUGUUUGUACGCAAAGACGAAUGAAGAUUUCACUAAUGGUUUCUUCGUAGCUGUCUUUGAAAAGCUAGAGGAAGGUGAGGAGAAUCAAUUUUUUAAUACGAAGAUUUAUAAUUUUAAGAAACAUGUGCAAAAUCAAGAGAAAAGAAAACGUCGGCAACAACAAUUUGCGGAAAAUAAAGAUAAUUUUGAGGAUAAUAUAGAAAGAACGGAUUGUGACCAACUGUUUGGAAAUGAUAAUAAAUACAAUGCGGUAGAAAAUGUUUCCAAUAACAUUAAAGAGGAAUCAAGUGAAAUUUUUGAGAAUAUCAGCUGUGCAAAGAAGAAAAAGAAAAAGAAAAAGAAGAAUAAUAGUACUAAUGAGGAUAUGGCUAAUAAUUGUUCCGAACCUGAAACAAAUGAUACCAAAAAAGCAAAUAAAAGCAAAACUCAUGUUUCUAACAAACAUUUUGAAAUCGUUAUAAAAGAGGAUAUGGUACAAGAUACAGAAUUUAUAAAAGAAGAAGUUUCUGAGUCUGGAAAGAGUAAGAAAAAGAAGAAGAAGAAACACAUCGAAGAUAUUUCCGAAAGUGUUGGAAGUGAUGAUAUUAUCUCUAUUUCCAAAGUUGAACAAGACGUUAAGAAAAAAAAGAAGAGAAACAUACAUACUGAUGAAAAUAACUCAAUAGAAACAGAUGACAAUGACAAAAAGAGUUCUAAGUACCCGACGAAUGACGACGGUUGUCAAAUCAAAACUAAACAUGUAAAAAUCAAAAAAGAAAAAAAUGAAUAAUGAUGAAUAGGUAUAGUAAAACCCUUAAAUACUGACCACAAAAAAUUAUUGUAAGAAUUUCCGUUACAUGGAGGAUGCCGUUAUUGAGAGAGAAAAAUAAAUAAAAAAAUAUAACUUUUCUGUUUUCUUUAUUAAAUGAAAACCUGAGCUUCACAUUUUGCUAAAAUUUUAACAAUAGGAAACUAUGAGCAUCCCUUAGUUUUGCAUACACUUCGCCAUAUCUGUAAUAUCUCAUGUUCCAGAUUCUUCUACAUCAUUUUCACUGUUUGAAUCAAAAUGACAUCAUUUAAUUUACUAAUCAUUUCUUGAACACCAAAACUAGGAUUUUUGUCAAAACAUUGCAAUCAAUAGCAGCAUAAUUUUCUAGGCUUAUUAUACAUACCUACAUGUAAUACAGGAGAAAGUUAAGCCGGUUUGCCACAUGGGAAAAACACUUUUUAAGUUAGUGAUCUUGGCAUCAUCAGUCAAAGGUUAUUUUUAUGGAAAUAGUCUUGCUAACCAAAAAAUCUCACACUGAAAAAAGCAGACAAAUACAAAAACACCACUUUAUAUCGUGAAAUUGUUAACUUUUCGAAAAUCUGUCUGUUUCGUCUUCUGAACUUUUUUGACUUUUCGUUUUAGUUACUUUGACAGUUUUUUUGUUUGCUUAUGUCUUAUAUCUAGAGAUAUAAUAUGCUGUUUAUUAUAUUAUUAGGUUCAUGGAAUAAUUUGACCCACAUCUUUCACCAUCCAACAAAAUAAUCGCGGUCCCUUUUAAUUUCAAUCAAUUGUAAACCAAUUGGUCUUUCACCUAUCGUUCAAUUUUGGGAAUUUGUCUCUUUUGCUCUGCUUCUUCAAAUAACGUCUUUAAGUUGGAUUUUUUUCGUUAACUUGUCCUUCCAACACAAAAGGUAACUUUCUAGCUCUAAGCUUUUCACUUUCCAUAAUAUCAAUUUUGUCUUUAAAACACAAUUUUUGUUUGCUACAUGACUAUUGUAACAAAAGCACAGUUGAACAUAAACUCGACCUAGUCGACCUAGGAAAACUUCUCUACCGGUUAGGGUUUUGAAUAGUAAUGAGCUUUUUAUUACCCUAUACAGAGUGUUUAAGUACUUGUACAAAUAGUAAGGAGUGAAUCUUUGACUAAUUUUAAGAAA